AUGCCUUUUGGGGGGUUUUCAGGGCUGAAGGAGCGGGUUCUGAAACCAGGGAAGGAGGAGGUGAAGAAUACAGUAGGAGACGGUCUGGGGAACCUGCAGAGAAAAAUUGAUGGGACCAAUGUGGACGAGGAUGACCAGAUGGAGCUCACGGACGACGGGCAACCGGUGGCUCCUCGCCACAAUGCCCCUCUGUUUGACUGCGGUUGCUGCGGCCUGCCCAAGCGCUACAUCAUCGCCAUUCUCAGCGGACUGGGCUUCUGCAUCUCCUUUGGCAUCCGUUGCAACCUGGGGGUGGCCAUUGUGGAGAUGGUCAACAACAACACAGUCUACAUCAAUGGGACACCUGUACUCCAGCCAGCUCAAUUCAACUGGGACCCAGAGACUGUGGGACUGAUCCAUGGCUCCUUCUUCUGGGGUUACAUCGUCACACAGAUCCCUGGAGGCUUCAUCUCCAACAAGCUGGCCGCCAACAGAGUGUUUGGGGCGGCCAUUUUUCUCACGUCCAUACUGAAUAUGUUCAUCCCUUCAGCAGCCAGAAGGCACUACGGCUGUGUCAUGUUAGUCCGCAUCCUGCAAGGCUUGGUGGAGGGUGUUACCUACCCUGCAUGCCAUGGGAUGUGGGCCAAAUGGGCCCCUCCCCUGGAGAGAAGUCGACUGGCCACCACCUCAUUCUGUGGUUCCUAUGCAGGUGCUGUGAUUGCCAUGCCUUUAGCAGGAGUCCUGGUUCAGUUUGUUGGAUGGCCCUCGGUCUUCUAUAUCUAUGGUGUAUUUGGGAUUAUAUGGUACAUCUUCUGGCUCCUGCUUGCCUAUGGGAGCCCAGCCGCCCACCCCACUAUAAGUGAUGAGGAGAGAAUCUACAUAGAGACCACCAUUGGCGUGGGUGUCAAAAUAUUGAGCGCCACUGAGAAAUUCAAGACUCCAUGGCGCCGUUUCUUCACCUCCAUGCCUGUCUAUGCCAUCAUCGUGGCUAACUUCUGCCGUAGCUGGACCUUCUAUCUGCUCCUCAUCAGCCAGCCAGCCUACUUUGAGGAGGUGUUUGGCUUCUCCAUCGGCAAGGUGGGGCUCCUGUCUGCUGUGCCUCACAUGGUGAUGACCAUCGUAGUGCCCAUCGGUGGCCAGCUAGCCGACUAUCUACGCAGUCGUAAAAUCAUGUCAACUACAAACGUCCGGAAAAUCAUGAACUGCGGAGGUUUUGGAAUGGAGGCGACUCUGCUGCUGGUGGUGGGGUUCAGUCACACACGUGGGGUUGCCAUAUCCUUCCUGGUGCUAGCUGUGGGCUUCAGUGGCUUUGCCAUCUCAGGGUUCAAUGUAAACCACCUGGACAUUGCUCCUCGCUAUGCCAGUAUCCUAAUGGGCAUCUCCAAUGGUGUUGGCACACUGUCUGGAAUGGUGUGCCCCCUUAUUGUUGGAGCACUGACUAAACACAAGACCCGUCUGGAGUGGCAGAACGUGUUUGUGAUAGCCGCCAUGGUGCACUACACAGGGGUCAUCUUCUAUGCUAUCUUCGCCUCAGGCGACAAGCAGGAAUGGGCAGAACAAGAGAGCACCAGUGAAGAUAAGGUCGGUAUUAUCGAUGAGGAUGAGCUGGCCGAAGAGACAGAGCUCAACAGCGAGAUUGCCAUGGUACCCAAGAAAAGCUAUGGAACCACAGAGAACUCAUCGGGUCGCAAACAGGGCUGGAAGAAGAACAGAGGAGUCACCAUGCAGGAGGAUAAGGAUGAUGGGAACUCGCACCACGGGAAUGGGAACUACCAGGAGCAGUUUCAGUGAUGCACCCUAAUAAUCAGGGGCAUUUACUGUAUAGAUUCUCCAAAUAUUUCCUGGAGUGUGCACUUGCACACUUUCUCGCAUAGAAAACCUGAGGAAACCAGAGGAGGCUUAAUGGAAGGAGCUAUAGGAGGAUGGGUUCAUUGUAAUGGCUGGAAUGCAAUGAAUGGUACGAAGUCAAACAUGUGGUUUCCAUAUAUUUCAUGUGUUUGAUACCUUUCCAUUUAUUCCAUUCCAACUCCUACAAUGAACCCGACCUCCUAUAGCUCCACCCACAUGUCUCCUCUGGUGGAAACUUCCUCCAGUUAUUGCUUACACCAAUCCUAUGCUUUUAUAUCCAUGCCAUGGGGUGUGCAAAUGCCCACUUCUGGAAAAGGUUAUAGAACCAAGACACAAAAGUAUCUCUAUUGAUCCCCUAUUCACUGUGCACUACUACUACAGGGAAUAGGGUGGCACAGUCACUUGAGCAGCACUGCAGGACUUCCCCUUCACGUCAACGUCCAGUGAAGGAAGAAGAGUCAAAUUCACGCAGCCCGGCAGAACUAUCAGUGGUCAUUCUUCUGAGAAGUUACAAAAGAAUUUACAGCAUCUAUCAUUUACCACAAACUGACCUUUUGUUGUUGUUUGGUCAUUUGUGACGACCACCUCUAUUCGGUCUUAUGUUGCAAAAUUUGAAAUGGUGUUUUUUACAUAGGUUAAAAGUGGAGCUACAAAAUGGCACAUCAUACUCUGCCGUUGAGGAACAAUGGGAAAGUCAUUCUGCUUUGAAAGUCGAACAACUUCUAACCCCACUUUUGAGAAAAUGGCCCUUUGUCUAAACCUAUUCAGCAUUGUUUACACCCUCUUAAGCCCCACCCAUCUCUUUAAGGAUUCACAUGUGAGGACAUGUGCUAAACAGAGUGAGUAAGGUAGUGUAGUAAACAACCAAAGAUUUCAAGACUAA